GGGUGCCUUUACAGGUCUCAUUCCACGCGCAGCUGCUAGACAAUCAAAACAUCUGAGUAACUGAGACUUAAUCACAAUUUCUUACAAGUGCGUCUUUUAUUAAAUUAGACUGUAAUAAAUAAUAAUAAUAAAGGGUUUAGUGAGAAAUAUGCGUCUCGCCUCCGUGUGGGUUGGACUGGCACUGUGCUUGUGCGCAUCUUUGGCCGUUAGCGCGCAGGACGACCCCGAGGACGAGGAGAUGAUCCUGGACCUAAUCCGAGAUGACGGGACUCAGACCGAGACCGGACCAGAACCAUCAGCCGAGUUCCUCAGGUGCAACAAGGCACCCUGGCGCAUGCCCGGUCAGUACCUGGUGAUCCUGCGCGAGGGGAGCCACGACUCUCACGUGCAGAGGACCAUCCGGAGGCUGAGAGCUAAAGCGGCCCGGAGAGGAUACCUGGUGGACAUCCAACAGACCUACUCAGGAGCUCUGCGUGGGUUCCUGGUCAAAAUGAGCAGCGACGUACUACACCUGGCUGUGAAGCUCCCCCAUGUCCACUACGUAGAGGAGGACUCAUCCAUCUUUGCUCAGAGCGCCCCCUGGAACCUGCAGAAGAUACUGCAGCCUUAUGGUGGUACCACUGAGAAUGGGACAUACAAGCCUCCCAACGAUGGCGGCCUGGCGCAGGUCUACCUCAUGGAUGGCAGUGUGCACACCUCCCACCGAGAGGUCGAAGGGCGUGUCCUGAUCACUGACUUUAACCAUGUCCCAGAGGAGGAUGGGGCCAGAGUCCACAGACAAGCCAGUCAGUGUGACAGCCAUGGGACUCACAUGGCAGGGGUCCUGAGUGGGGCCGACUCAGGAGUGGCCCGAGGAGCUGGAGUUAACCUGGUCCGAGUGCUCAACUGUCAGGGCAAAGGCACCGUGUCAGGAGCACUGGCAGGUUUGGAGUACAUUCGUGCCUCUUUGAUCACUCGACCUGUGGAUGCUGUAGUGGUCCUCCUGCCUUUUGUUGGUGGGUUCAGCCGAUCAUUAAACACAGUCUGUAGGGAGAUGGUGUCCAGUGGAGUGGUGCUCAUCGCUGCAGCAGGGAACUACAGAGAGGAUGCUUGUCUCUACUCUCCCGCUUCAGAGCCUGAGGUGAUCACUGUGGGGGCGGUGAACUCAGCGGACCAGCUCAUGUCUCAGGGAGCUGGGGGAACAAACUUCGGCCGCUGUGUGGACCUCUUUGCUCCUGGUGAUGACAUUGUCAGUGCCAGUAGUGACUGCAGCACCUGCUUUACCUCACGCAGUGGAACAUCUCAGGCUGCUGCCCAUGCUGCAGGCAUAGCUGCUGUGAUUCUGUCAGCCAAUCAGAAGGCCUCUCCUGUGCAGCUCCUCCACAGUCUGUUACACUAUUCAGUUAGUAACACCAUUAACCUCCUGUCUGUCCCUGAGCCUCAACAACUGUCCACACCAAACCUGAUCACAGCCAUGCCCCCUCUGUCUGCUACCUCAAAUGGGGAGCUGCUCUGUCGGUCGGUGUGGUCCGAGAAGUCAGAGGUCAGAGCCGUCAGUCGCUGUCGUCAUGGAGAGGAGAUGAUGGGCUGCAGCAGUUAUGCUCCUGAAGGCAGCCAUGUCGGAGAAACUAUUGAUGAAAGUAGUGGUCAGAUGGAGUGCGUUGCUUACAGUGGUCCUGGGGGUAAAGGGGUGUAUGCAGUGGCCCGGUGCUGUGUUAUUGCAGAUCUUCAGUGUCACAUUCACAGCAGCCGCAAACCAGGACAGGACGCAGAGUGUGAGAGGCCUGAGAGCCAUCUGACGGGCUGUACAUCUUGGUCCUCUGGUCACUUGACGGCUGGCUCUCAUCCACAUCACGGAGAGCGGAGACUCUGCUCUGUCCCUGAAGGCCUCAUGUCCACCGCCGUGUGCUGCCACGCCCCCUCUCUGGAGUGCCAAGUCCUAGAGCAGACAGCCACAGACGGAGAGCAGGUGGAGGUGUUGUGCCCGGCUGGAUGGACUCUGACAGACUGUAAUGCUGUUUCCCGCGGCUCCAUCUUUGGCCCAGUUGCCAAGGGUAACAGUUGCCAUGUUCACAGUGGCUCACGAGCGGGUGGGGCCGUGGGUAUCGCAGUUUGCUGUCACAUUAGAGAUGAUGGUCAGCCUGCUCUGCACUGAUGGAGUAUACUCCACAGCUGUUAGCAUGCAGUAUUUGAAAAGUGAAUAUUUAAUACUUUGUUUAUAUUACUGUACUUACCAUCAGCACAUGCCUUAGAGUUGUAUUUAAUUUACAAAUGAUAAGUCCUUCAUUAUGCUUCACUUUCUUCAUACAUUGGAGAAAUCUUGUAAAUUUAAGUUGCAGCCAUCUAAAAAUCGCCAAACCUUUUGCCUCAGUGCAUGAUUUUAUCUGGUGGUUAAAAAAAGCUUGGAAAAAAGUAUAAUAUAGGACUUAUAAGACAAUGUGUAUUCAUGCCCCAUGGAUAAGCCCUAGCAGGGGAUUACAAUACAGUAGGGAUAGGAUUUUAACAUGAGUUCUUUUAUAUUUCUUUUGUUAUUGAAGACGUGUCCACUUCUUCGAAUAUAUGAAUAAUUGAAAUGUAGCCUUCGUUUUACUGUGUCAAUUGUAUAAUAAGUGUUUUUAUGUGUAUUUGUUCAUCUUUUGUACAAAACUAUUAGUCAUAAUAAACACAUUUAGACACAUUUUGGUUAAUCGUGUACUAAAUAUGAAGCCCACACUUUUACAAAUGGCUCCAAAAGAUUCUUGCCACUGGGAGUAAAAUAUUGCCAUUACAGCAGACAUGUUUUUUGUGUUGUUUUUUGUUACCGGAGCGGAGUCGGCGCAGCUGGA